GUCGCGUAUCUGCAGGGUUUUAUUGGACACGGUGUUUGCAGAAAAGACACACACAGAGAAUAGAAUAGGCUGGCAGGUCCACUAGCCGCAACGUACCGCCCGCCAUGGACUUGGCGGUGUUUGGCUUUGACCUAUAUGAAGACACGGUGUGGAGGGGUUUGGUCAGUUUCACUGGGAUAGCAAGGGGAACGAUUGUUUGCCUAGGCUUUUAAAAAGGGGAUUUUUUUCCAGCGUCUCUCGUUUUUUGUAUAUUAAAGGCUCAGAAUGUAAUCGUAUUGGUGACAAGCGGUGCAUUGGACCUACCGAGACUGAGAUUCUGUGUGUCCAAUGAUUUAGGUCGACUAGCGGGACGGCAGGUAUGGCUCAUGCAGACCGUAUAGGCCUGUCAGUUUGGCGGAUUUUUUCUUCUUUCAAUUGUUAAAAGGACAAUUCAGGAGCACCGCUCCUCAGAUGAAGGUCCUUUCGCGAGUUGAAUCUCCGUGUGGAUGUGGAAGCGUCACAGACCCGUCUGGUGAAACGGAUCGGACCCCAGCGCUGCCCAUCCUACCCGCACCCCAGAUUGCCGACUUCCUAAAGUCCCUCUGGCUGAGUGACCGCUCCCACAAUGGCGAUUAGAUCUGAGCCCCGACCGUGAAAACAAUCCACCUGCAGCGCCCGAGAUAGCCCCUCGGGCCCGCCCCCUUGCCCCUUUGGUUGGGGCCCUCCCCAAGAACAAGCCCCUCAUUGGGGAAGAGUUGGUUCACGGGGGCCCCAGAUGCCGCCCGGCUGGUCGUGAGACAUGAGAACACACCGAUUGGGUUUCUAGUUGUAUUUUUUUUUUAAUAAUUGCUCUUUUGUGUGUGAGGGGCAGAAGAGAGGCCGGUCGUCCCAGCGUCGGUCUGCUUUAUGAGUUGUCAUCGCCGGGCGUGGGCGAGCGAGAGGCAGUGGAAGCCAGCAUGGCCAGACCUCUGCUGAAGAUCCAGCGCUACUUCCGUCGGAAACCCGUGCGCUUCUUCUCCCUCAUCCUCCUCUACCUGACCGCCGGCAGCCUGGUGUUCCUGCACUCGGGCUUCGUGGGCGGGAACUUCUCCGGGAGCGGCAGCGGCGCCGGCGGCGGCCGGGGCCGAGACCCCCUGGUCGCCACGGAUCCGGGCGCCGGAAAGGCGGCGUCCACCGCCAGGCAGGAAGUGGCUGGCGCCAUGAGUCGUGUGUUCCGGGAACCCCGCCGCCACGGCCGGCGCUACGGCCCAGCGUGGAUGAAGAGGGCGCGGCAGGACGGGCAGAAGGUGGGAGGGCGGGGGGGGGACGCCGGAUGGAACCGCGCCCUCAAAGGACGCAACGGGAAGGACACGGACGAUGGACGAGCCAAGUAUGUCGGCUGCUACGUCGACGAUAUACAGAAGAGGGCGCUGAGAGGAGUCUCCUUCUUUGACUACAAAAAAAUGACUGUUUUCCGUUGCCAGGACAACUGCGCUGAAAGAGGCUACCUGUAUGCGGGUCUGGAGUUCGGGGCCGAGUGCUACUGCGGUCACAAGGUCCAGGGGGCCAACGUCACGGAGAGCGAGUGCAACAUGGAAUGUAAAGGCGAGCGGAGCAGCGCAUGCGGCGGGGCCAACCGCCUCUCCAUCUACAGACUGGAGCUGAGCCACGAGUCGGCCCGGCGCUAUGGAAGUGCCAUAUUCAAGGGCUGCUUCCUCAAGCCCGACAACGUCUCUCUGGCCCUUCCUGUUACAGCGGUCUUACAAAACAUGUCUAUUGACAAGUGUGUUGACAUGUGCACAGAGAAGGAGCAGUCUCUGGCAGUGCUGGCUGGGGACCGCUGCCACUGUGGCUUCCCGACGUCACACUUCUCCCUCCACGAGCCCGAGGAGGAGAACAUGUGCCUUCACCGCUGCCAUGUGGAGGAGCUGGAGAGCUGUGGGAACGACCAGUACUUUGUCGUCUAUCAAACACAGGUUCAAGACAACCGUUGCAUGGACCGCCGCUUUCUGCCCUCCCGCUCCAAGCUGCUGCAGGCCCUGGCCAGCUUCCCCGGCGCCGGAAACACCUGGGCCCGGCACCUCAUCGAGCUCGCCACAGGCUUCUACUCGGGCAGCUACUACUUCGACGGCUCGCUCUACAACAAAGGAUUUAAGGGGGAGCGAGACCACUGGCGGAGUGGAAGGACCAUCUGCAUCAAGACCCAUGAGAGCGGGAAGAAAGAGAUCGAAGCCUUUGACUCCGGCAUUCUCAUGAUCAGGAACCCCUACAAGGCCCUCAUGGCGGAGUUCAACCGCAAAUAUGGCGGCCAUAUUGGGUUUGCAUCCCAGGCUCACUGGAAGGGGAAGGAGUGGCCCGAGUUUGUGAAGAACUACGCUCCAUGGUGGGCGUCCCACACCCUGGACUGGCUGCGCUACGGGAGGCACGUCCACGUGGUUCACUUCGAGGACCUGAAGCGGGACCUCUUCUCCCAGCUCAAGGCCAUGGUGCUGUUCCUGGGUCCUGUGGUGUCUGAGGACCGCUUGCUCUGCGUGGAGGGUCAGAAGGACGGGAACUUCAAGCGCUCGGGCCUGCGCAAGCUCGAGUACGAUCCCUACACGCCGGAGAUGUGCGCGGACAUCAACAAACUGAUCCGAACGGUGGACGUCGCGUUGAGGGCGAAGAACAUGUCGGGCGUGCCCAUGGAGUACAUGCCGAGAUGAUAGACAAGAUGGCUCCCCCUUUUCACUGUCUUCGUUGGACGUGAUUUUGUUUUUCCCCUUCUGUUGUUUAACAUUUAAUUUAAAUGAUUUUUUCUGUUCUGAAAUUCCCCGUAAACUUUCUUUUGUGAUGUUGGCUGUUGAAGUAUAUAGCAGCGGUUCAAUGUUUAUUUAUUAUUUGGGUUUUAGAAAUGCGUACUUGUUGAAUGAGAUCCGUCAAAGGAGUAUUUGUUGCAACGAUGCCUUAGUAAGAAGGUAGAUUUGCUCUCAUAGUAUGGAGGCAAAUCGCUGUUUUACCACAGAAUCAUAAUCAUAGUGGAAGGAAAAAUGCAAUACAAAGGUUUGUUGAAACACUGUAUGGAAUAUAAUAUGGACUUUAUUUUUGUGAAAAAUAGAAUUGAAAAGAUGUCUGCUGCUACCACAGCUAUGAAUAAUGCUAUUUUAUACACCGCAGAUUGAUCCUGUAUUUAAAGGAAGCCCAAUGCUGGUUUGAAAAAAACACUUGCAUCUUACCCGUGAUGAUGGUUGUAUUUGUACUCUUCUCUUCGAGACUCUUGCCUCUCCAUAACUCUAUAUUCACAAGGAUAGUGAUACCCGAAGCAGUAAAAUCAGCGGAACUUAAUAACUGAUGUUAAUACGGCAAUUUUGUUUUCGGAUUUGCAGAUGUGACUUGGCUAAGUUAUGUUUUCUACACUGGACUAUCCCAAAUAGCAUUAACUGUGCAUGACCACGUCCCCCGAAACCACUGAGGAAUUUGGCAUUAUGUUUUACGAUAUGUUAUUAUUAUUAUUAUGAUUUAAUGUAAAACUCAGAUCUCCUUUAGACUCAAGAAAACUUCUGGUAGUACCCCCAUGUUAAUCGUAGCACAUAAGGUUAAAAAAAAAGAAGAUGAAAAAAAUGAAAACAUCCAAUUUGAUGAUAGUAAUAAUAAUAAUAGUAUUUUUUUAAAGGAUUCUAUGGUUACUUUUCUUCUCGACUGCUAAUGUAGCUUAAGCAAAUCCAAUCUACUCCAAAAGCGUAAUGCAUUCUGUUAAGGGUUUUUAAAAUGGCACUUUUAACACUAACCUGUAACCUGCUACUAUGUAUGCUUCAAUAAAAACACAAGCUUCUAAAGAACUUCCAUAUACUGUAUACUAUACAUGUAUAUAUUUUUAAACAUUUAAAAAAUAAGGAUAACAGCAGAACCUUUGUAAGGCGAGAUAUUGUUUUCUAUUUUUACACCUGCAUUAAGCUUGAGUCAAACUUGCUUUCAUGGAAGGACUGGCAGUCUGUAUAAGGAUGUCACAUGAGAAUGUAUUUUCUAUAUGGGAUGAAUGUAAUGUGUUAAAGGCCCAAUAAAUACUCUAAUUAGGUAAAUUCA